UGCAGAGGAAGUUCUGCAAAUCGAAGGAGAUGAAACCGAUAGCAUUUAUUUGGCUGGUCUUCGUGGGACCUUACGGCCAGUUUGGUCAUAGAUUCAUUUAUAUGUAACUACAGACUAGAAUAGAAUAGACACGUAUAUAAUAUUGUAGGCAAAACCGGUCCUGUGUGUAGAUUAUAUUCGAGGGACUCGGCUGAAGUUUAUCUGUCAGAAUACAGCAGGGACCGAAGCAGGAGUCGGUGUGUGGAGAGUCCGUGCAGUAGCCCGGCAGGAUAUCAUCCAGGCACAGCCAUGCCUGCUCCCAGCCCUCGAUAAGCUGCACAUGGUUUUGGGAGGAGGGAGCUGGUUUUCUUACCUUGCCCCAGCUGCAGACUUCUCACGACGGAUGCAGGCUCACAAUGUGAAUCAGACAGACGCGCCGCAGCAGCCUAGGGAGACGAGCAGCUUUUGUGCGGUGAAAUCUGGGGAUUAAAGGGAAAGAGAGGAAGACGGACUCGAUUAAAAUGCCAUCCAAAGGGAAAUAUCUAAUCAAGGACAGCGAGAACUGGAUGAUUACGCAUUCACUUUACGAAACGUACCAGUGCAUAAGCCAGCACUAUCCACUGCUGCUCAUUUUACUGUUUGUGGUGGGGGCGGCUUGUGUGACUCUGAUCGUCAUCUUCUUCACGACCAACGAUGAUCCCUCCAAGCACCUCGCCUUUAUAAUUGUAGUGUUCGUGGCCCUGGUGAUAUUCUGCACUCUCUACGUUUUGGUGUACACAGAAUCAUUUGUGCGAAAGUGGCUGCAAGUUUUUUCCUUGGUGAUCUACACGUGCCUUCUAACCAUUGGAUAUGUAUUAAUUUAUGAUCCAAACAACGUCCAGACAUGGGACCAGGUGCCCUUCUUCCUGUUUAUAACGUUCUCGGUGUACACCAUGCUGCCCUUGGGGAUGCGAGGCUGCCUGAUUAUCAGUAUCCUCUCCGGAAUGUCCCACAUUGUUGUCAUUAGUAUCACCGUCAUGACGUACCAAAACACCCGUGACACCAUUGCAUUUGAGCUUAUUGCAAAUGCUAUUAUAUUCCUCUGUGGGAAUCUGAUGGGAGCAUUUCACAAGUACCACAUGCAGGAUGCCUCCAGAGAUCUGUACAGCUACACAGUGAAAUGCAUUCGGGUAAAGAUGAAACUGGAAAUGCAAAAGAGGCAGCAGGAGAGCCUUCUGUUGUCCGUACUGCCCGUCUAUAUUUCAAUGGAGAUGAAGUUGGCUAUUCAGGACAGACUAAAGGAAACCAACGACAAUCGCCAGCCAGACAAAAACUUCCAUAGCUUAUAUGUAAAGCGGCAUCAAAAUGUCAGCAUUCUGUAUGCAGAUAUCGUGGGCUUCACUCGACUUGCCAGUGACUGUUCACCAAAGGAACUUGUGGUCAUGCUGAAUGAGCUGUUCGGAAAGUUUGACCAGAUAGCUAAGGAAAAUGAAUGUAUGAGGAUUAAGAUUUUAGGGGAUUGCUAUUACUGCGUCUCUGGCCUACCAGUGUCCUUACCUAACAACGCAAAGAACUGUGUCAAAAUGGGGCUGGAUAUGUGUGAAGCAAUAAAACAGGUGAGAGAAGCUACAGGGGCGGAUAUCAACAUGCGGGUCGGAGUGCAUUCUGGCAAUGUUCUCUGUGGGGUUAUUGGACUGCGAAAGUGGCAGUUUGACGUUUGGUCACAUGAUGUCUCAUUGGCCAAUCGCAUGGAAUCAGCAGGAGUACCGGGUCGAGUUCACAUCACCGAAGCAACAUUGGGGCACUUGAAUGGAGCCUACUGUGUAGAAGAUGGACGUGGGCAGCUCAGAGACCCCUACUUGAAAGAAAUGAACAUUAAAACCUACCUGGUCAUUGAUCCAAGAUCAAAAGAACACCAGAUCCAGAACCACCACAUUGCUAGGACGCGAGUGAAUGAUGGUCUAAAGGUUCGACCGUCAGUCCGCAUGACAAGAUAUUUGGAAUCAUGGGGGGCAGCAAGACCUUUCUCUCAUCUUGACUCCACUGAGCCCUCUACCACUGUGACACCUGUUACAAAUGGAAAGCCAAAACGGGAAAUUGCUCUGCAACGUAUGGGGUGCCAGGUUAAUACAGAAAGGACUGUUUCACAAAAACGGAACCAGGAGGAAGAACUUCAUGACAGAAUGCUGAACACAAUCGAUGGCCUCAGUUCAGUGAGGCCCUGGUUUGGGAAAUCUGAUGACUUUUAUGCAUUCCUACUUUUUUUCACUGCUGAUGGUCUAGAAAGAGAGUAUCGCACCAUCAGAAUUCCAAAGAUCCGAAAUUACUUCCUGUGUGCCAGUGUUGUGUUCUUCUGCAUAUUCUUAGUUCAAAUUUUGGUUAUGCCAAGGAGUGUGAAGCUGGGGGUUUCGUUUGCUGUGGUGUUCGUAUUAAUCCUUUGCGCACUACUAAUCUGCUAUGCAGACAAGGGCGUGCGUUUCUGUGAAGAGAGCUCGCCCAUGUCACAUGUCUUAUGUUCAAUGGCUGAAAAUGUGGAGACCAAACCACUAGUGCGAGUUCUUUUAGCUGCGCUGACCAUUGGAGCCCUGCUGGUGAUUGCCAUUCUUAAUCUGCCUCUAGAUGACUCUCUACAGAACUGCAAUGGGUCGAGCCCAGAAACAGAUGCUUGUCAACGUAUACCUUAUUAUAUCUACUGCUGUAUUUUGGGCUUCAUUGCAUGUUCUGUAUUCCUACGAAUGAGCUUCGAACUAAAAAUGCUCCUGUUAUCAGCCGCCUUCAUCGUGUACAACGUGAUCAUCUUCCAUACGCACUCAGACUUGUUCAGGGGAGCCUUCCCAACCAACAGUACUUCUGGGAUCCUGAAAGACCUGCAGCGGAUGUCCUGCUUUUACCUUUCUUUAUUCUACUUGACACUCGUCUUAUUGGCGAGGCAGGUUGACUAUUACUCUAGGCUAGAUUGUUUGUGGAAGAAGAAAUUCAGGAAGGAAGAUGAGGAGAUUGAAACGAUGGAGAAUCUAAAUCGUCUUCUUCUAGAAAAUGUACUUCCCGCACACGUGGCUGCAUAUUUCAUUGUGGACAACAAAAUGAAUGAGGAUCUGUACCACCAGUCGUAUGACUGUGUCUGUGUGAUGUUCGCCUCCGUGCCAGAGUUUAAGGUCUUCUACACAGAGUGUGACGUCAAUAAAGAAGGCCUGGAAUGCCUGCGGCUUUUAAAUGAGAUUAUAGCCGAUUUUGAUGAGCUUCUAAUGAAACCAAAAUUCAGCGGUGUGGAGAAAAUAAAGACAAUUGGAAGUACGUACAUGGCAGCAACAGGUCUAACGGUAACCCCUGGACAAGAAAAUAACCAGGACCAGGAAAAAAAGAAUGCACAGAUAGGAAUCACGGUGGAAUAUGCCAUGGCGCUAAUGCAAAAGCUGGAUGGAAUCAAUAGGCAUUCUUUUAAUAACUUUCGCCUGCGUGUAGGGAUGAACCACGGGCCUGUCAUUGCUGGAGUGAUCGGGGCUAGAAAACCACAAUAUGACAUUUGGGGGAAUACAGUGAAUGUGGCCAGCAGGAUGGAGAGCACAGGAGAACUUGGAAAAAUCCAGGUGACAGAAGAGACGUGCCGUAUUUUGGAAGGCUUGGGUUAUUCCUGUGAGUGCCGAGGACUGAUCAACGUUAAAGGGAAGGGAGAGCUCAGGACGUACUUUGUUUGCACAGACAUGGCCAAAUCCCAGAGCAUUGCAAUGAACUGACUUUGCACAUGUUAUUUCUUUGUGGAUUUAAAAUGUAUGGAGCGUGCGUGCUGCCUAAUUUUACAUGAAGACUUUGCCAAGUAAUUUGCUCAUUCCGAUGGAAGAGAUGCCUUUUACUGGACCAUUGGCAUAGCUCGAAUAUCCUGCACUGGAAGUGCCGGGAGAAUAUUACAGAAAGUGUACUACAACUACAGUAUUUCUUACCCAACAGUGGAAUGCCAGAGGACGGGUGGUUCAUGCCUCAAAGUUAUGACUUUGCAGGACCUUGUGUUUUUAGAAACUCUUUCCUAGGUUGUUUCUACAGGACUGUAAUUGCUUCUUUUGGAAACAGAACGCAGAUGAGUAAUAAUGAAAGGGCCUCAACAGUGAUAAUACAUAUCAAUGUGCCUUGCUUGCCGCGGGUGAACCCUUUGUUGUGAGGCAAUAACAGUAGUGAUCGUACAUAGAUGUCAGCAGGUGAAUGGAUGCCCCGGCCGGGUAAGAACAACAUGGUGAGGUCAACAGAGAAAUGAACAGUCUGCUACCCUUAAAAGGGCUGUCCCAUGGCAAACACUUAUCCCUUAGUUAAGUGUCCGAUUGGUGGGGUCCAAUCACUCUUUGGGGCCACCACCGAUCAUGGGAAAUUAGUUGUCUGAUUGGCAGGGUCCAAUCAGUCUUUCGGGCCUCUACCAAUGAUGAGAACGGAGAUUCCAUGUCCCCUCAUUUGAAUGGAGGGCGUUCACGCAUGCACACUGCCGAUCGAUCUAGCUCUAUGGGACUGUUGAAGAUAGCAGAGUUAUAGUAUGAUGGGUUAUAAUGAUAACCCAUUGUUUGACUGUAGGGCAAAGGAACAAUGAUUGUGUAUGAGAGAUUUAAUGGCGGAAUGAUUUUAAUCUUUUAUCAAGCUUCACUGAUUUUAGCUCUAAAGUCAAUACAGUUGGGUGACUAUAGUACAUAAGACUCUAAAUUUACCAGUUUUAUACCAUUAGGCCUUAUGUGCACAGCCUUACCAUGGAUCCUUAAUAAGUCGCCCAGAGUCUGCUCUAGAUUCGUAUUGUACUUCUGUGUUUGCUGACUUUAUACACAGAAAACUUUAGUGGUAUAUUAUUUUUUUUUACAUUUAGAAUUAAGUUUGAGAAAGUUUUUAAAAAAAUUAAUUAAAAACAUGCAAGCUCCAAAUAUAUAAAAAAUAGAGGGGUAAAGGGGAGGUGUAUAGUAUUGAAAGCCAUGACUUCCCAUUCACUGCCAUGGAGCGAGAAAUACAUAGGAAUUCAGACAGAUAAAUGCGCCAACUGAUGUGAAAUACUUUUUGAGCUACUGUCCUUGCAGUCAGAAGAAAUGUCACAGUCUGUGGUAAUAUUAAUCAGCAGUACUGUGGGUUAAUAAUGUAAGUUUAUGUGUGUGUAUACCGUCAUGCACUUGUGUGGCAAUACGCGGGCUUCCAAAAGUGUUCCCAGUAACCUCAGUGUCAUGGAUUGAAUCAAAUAAAUGUGAAACAAAUCAGCAGAGGACAUUGGCUGGAGCCCUGGCGUGUGCCCCUCACACUGGUACCUCCAGUAUUGCUGGUGUGCUCCUCUUCACCUGGGAGUUUACCCUCUUAAUGUACAAGCAGUUUUCUAUUUCAUCAUCGCAUAAGAGUCAUAACUUCUUUUUUUUUUGCAACAACAUACGGUAACCAUAUUGGGGUGGAUAUAAUUUAUCAUUUAUUUUUGUGCGUUUUUCAUUUUUCUGGUGUUUACUGUGCAGUAUAAAUAAGAUGUAACGUGAUGCGUCAGUACAGUUGGUGCAAUACCAAAUCCAUUUAGUUUUUGUAUGUUUUACUACUUUUGCACAAUUAAAAUUUUAGCAAAAAAAAUA